CUCCAGCGUGUGUGCAGAGCUGUUGGAGAAGUCUUGAAAAAGUUCUCCAGAGCGCUUGUUUGAGGAGGAAAUGGACAACGUUAUAGUGACAAUUGCGUUUCUUUUAAAGUUCUAAUGAUGGAGGUUUAAGGAUGUUCUGGGAUUAUUGUGCAAUGCUUAUGUGGAAUAAGGUUUCAGCAUGGAAUUUCAUGGGGGAAACAGGCUCAGCACUUGAUGUAACUACAGCAAAUAUUGAGGAAAACCUGGAAUUUACCUCAAUUUUUUAUUUAAACAUAUUUUAACUGAACUGGAACUCUAUUUAUCAUUGUUGUCAAGUGUAAAGUGUAGAGAGUAAAUCAUGCAUUUGGGAAGAGGACUGCUGUUUGUGCUUCUUUUGAACAGUGUGACCAUGAGUUUGUCUCUAUCAACCUGUACCACUGUGGACAUCGACCAUAUCAAGAAGAAGAGGGUGGAGGCCAUCCGGGGUCAGAUACUCAGCAAACUGAGACUGACCAGCCCGCCACAGACCCUGGGCCCCAGUCAGGUGCCAUAUCAAGUGUUGGCCCUUUAUAACAGCACUAGGGAACUGCUGGAAGAGUUAGGACGCAACAGACAGCAGAGCUGCGGACAAGACAACACUGAGACUGAGUACUACGCUAAAGAAAUACACAAAUUCAACAUGAUCCAGGGCUCCCCUGAAAACAAUGACCUUUCCUACUGUCCCAAGGGAAUAACGUCUAAAGUGUUCCGCUUCAACGUCUCCAGCAUGGAGAAGAACGCCACCAACCUGUUCCGGGCAGAAUUCCGUGCCCUGCGGGUGCCAAACUCAAGCGCCAAGAGAAACGAACAGCGCAUCGAGCUCUACCAGAUUCUUCGUCUUGACGAGCACAUCGCCAAACAGCGCUACAUCGGUGGCAAGAACAUUCUGACUAAAGGCACUCUGGAGUGGGUUUCCUUUGACGUUACAGAGACCGUACGAGAGUGGCUCAUGUACAGAGAGACGAAUCUUGGUCUGGAGAUCAGCGUUCACUGCCCGUGUCACACCUUUAACCCCAAUGGUGACAUCAGAGAGAACAUCAACGAGGUGCUGGAGGUCAGAUUCAAAGGGAUGGACGGCGAGUACGAGGAUCUGUACCGUUUGGAUUUGAGUCGCCUGAAGAAGCACAAGGAACAGCUGAUGCCUCAUUUGAUCCUGAUGAUGUUGCCACCGCACCGCCUGGACGUACUGCCUACCUCCAGACGACGUAAACGGGCUCUGGACACCAACUACUGCUUCUCAAACUACGAGGAGAACUGCUGUGUCCGGCCCCUGUACAUUGAUUUCCGGCAGGAUUUGGGCUGGAGGUGGAUCCACGAGCCAAAGGGGUAUCAUGCCAACUUCUGCUCGGGGCCGUGCCCGUACCUCCGCAGUGCCGACACCACACACAGCUCGCUGCUGAGUCUGUACAACACGCUGAACCCCGAGGCGUCGGCUUCCCCCUGCUGCGUCCCUCAAGACCUGGAGCCGCUCACCAUCCUCUACUAUGUGGGCCGAACACCGAAAGUGGAGCAGCUCUCCAACAUGAUCGUUAAAUCCUGCAAGUGCAGCUGAGGGGUCUCGAGACCCCGACAAGGGUUCAGACUCUUGAGGGUAAAAACUGAAGGGCGCAGGGCAGAACUGGACUCUUCAAGAAUACCUCCGUACAUCCUUCUCACCUACAUCCGAACCCCGGAGCGCCAGGCAUCUGCGAGCAUGACCGUGUCCUAGUCCUGUUCCAGAUGACUGCGCUGCCAAAUGUCUACCUAGGACUUCCAGUCUGACGUUUGAAGUGACUUUUCCAUGUUGUUUUUAAUGUGUCAUUUUCUUUGGCAUUUUCAUGUGCCUCGAGGCAAACCUCUGAAACGGCAGUGCAAAUCUUCGCAACACCUACAAAAGCGGCUUUAUCGAGGACAUCAGCAUCUGUGCUCGGAGGAGACACUGCCUACGCCUGCUGGAUCAACAGACUAAAUGAGAGAUAAUCGACAUGUUUUUGUAUAAAGAUAUUUUGACGUAAAUUUGUGCACAACAUUCUCACCUUUUCGCACUAAACGACACUGUUUGUCGGUGAUACAGAUAACGUUACACAAACAUGCUGGAAAAACAAUGUGUUUUGGUUGUUUACCUCUGUUACACGGCAGAUGUUUUAGGGAUUUUUAGCUGGGAUUUCAGUUCAAAACCUUUAGAUCACAAACUGCUAAAUGUUUUUACUGCUAUUACUCCUGAAAACACCUUUUUUUUGUAUUAUUAAACAUAGUCCUGAACAAAACAAGCUGUCAAAGACGUUUUAUGUUUGAUGAUGUAACAUCUCAUAUGGGAGACAUUAUGUGCAGUCUCAUCAAAAACAUGAUGAAAAAAGUGGUGACUGCAGAACAGUAGCACAUGCAGGACUUCCUUUCACAUUCUUGAAACAAAAAGUGACAUUUGAACUCUUAUGGUGUUUUUUAUUGUUGUCUGAAGUAAAAAUACAAUUAAUCCAGCACUGUGAGAAAAGUAGCUGGAUCACAAACACAGAUUUCUUCAAUAAACUUGAAAUUCUUUACUUAUACAAUUGAAGGCUAAAUGCACGUUAGCAUAAAAGUUAGCAAGACAAAAUAUUCUU